AUGCUUGCUGCGUUGGUAUUUAUCCUGGAAAAGACGACAAAAAGCUCCUGCUCAGCGCAUGAUCUCGAGUUAGAAAUGCAACAGUUAGGCCUUCCUGCAGCUCCACAUCUUACGGUUUCUUCUGCCAACUCGAAAGAAAGCGAGGGAGGAAAGGUGUAUGUUCUUAAUUUACUCACAAAUACUCAUGAGAACGUCUCGAUAGCUCUGAAUGAUGCAAAGUUGAACUAUUUAGUGCAAGAGCUAUCACUUGCAAUGGAUACCAUUCGACCGUACAUUCGGAAUGCUCCGAGCACCGAUCACUAGUG